ACACAGAGCAGAGGUGAGAGGCGCGACACUGUGCGCCGACGCGCCGCGUUCGCGCGUUUACCGCUAUGCGAUAUUAUUUGUGAGUAUUGUCAGGUGUAUGACUCGUGAAUGAGAAUCGAUCGUGUCGGUGUCGCGCGCGUCUGUGUAUGUGACAUGGGCGAAUCCUGCGGGAUUUUACUGUAACUGUGGAGAUGGAUUCCGCAUUAUCUCACGGAGACAAAGAUGAGGUCCUCGUGGAAGAUGUCGGGCUCCUGUGCGUCAUGAUGCGCGAGCGUCUGCUGUUGCACAAGCCGAUGCACUUCUCCUGGCUGAUGGAGGCAGAGUCGUUCACCUCCUCCAUCCAGACGGCGGGCGCUGGCAUGACCCUUGAACAGAAGACCACCUUUGCCUUUGUCAUCUUCCUCUUUGUCUUCCUCUGUAUGCUGAUCGUCCGCUGCUUCCGCAUUCUGUUGGACCCGUACCGCAGCAUGCCCACCUCCACCUGGGCCGAUGGUCUUGAAGGGCUGGAAAAGGGACAGUUUGAUAACACGCUGGCGUAGAGGGCAUACGCGCCAUAAUGCUGUUAUUGGUGCAUGUGAAUACCAAAAAAAAAGGUCCCAAAGUUAGAAUACAAUGACCGUGCACAAGUUGACCGCAGCUUAGCUCAUACUAGUGAAUAACACACACAUGUGUACAAAUACAGUCAGUAUAAUAAGUAUUGAACACGUCACCAUUUAUUUUGAAAAUAUAUUUCCAAAGGUGCUUUUGACACGAAAUUUGCAAUGCAUCUGAUGAAUAUUUCAUAUCAAUAGCACCUUUAGAAAUAUGUUAACUGAGAAAAAGGGUGACGUGUUCAAUACUUAUUUUACCCGCUGUACACACACCUGCCAACAAACAUACACACGCUGUGCUCACUGCCAUCCACAUUUACAAGGUGUUGUUUCAAUGAAAUGGUCUUCUUAUAGAUUGAAUCGAUCCCAGGCUUUUUAUUAGCAUUGGGAUGUGAGUGAGACAGGGUAGCCUUCUUUAUAUUUCCACAAAAAACAUAACCCUUGAUUCCUCAUAUGUGCUGUCGUUAACUGCCAAGUACAAAUCUCUUUAUAAAAGCGUUUCUAAGCACUUCAUAAACAUUGAGUAUGCUUAGUAAUAAAUAGCCUUAAAAUGUGCACUGUCCAAGUUUACAUGUUUCAUUAUAGAGAGCUACUGUAGUCACAUCCUUAGCCUUUAAACAGGAAGGGUUCAUUUUUAUAAUUGUAUUAAAGGGGUCAUAUUUUGAGAUUUUUGAGUUUUCAAGUUUUUGGUGUACUCAGAGUACAUAUGUGAAGUUUUAGCUCAAAAAAUAAUUUAUUAUAACAUGUUAAAAUAGCAGCAAAAGGUGUAAAUGUGCCGUUUUUGGGUGUGUCCUUUAAAAUGAGUUGAUGAAAUGCAAACACUGAUCACCAUAUUGGUGGUUUGUUGAAAAUAAAACUCAAUUGUGCUGUGAAUUCUUUUCUCUCUGCACUAAAUGGCAGUGCCGUGGUUGGACAGUGCAGAUUAAGGGGCGGUAUUAUUAUAAUUAGAUCCCCUUCUGACAUCACAAGGGGAGCCAAAUUUCAAUGAACUAUUUUUUCACAUGCUUGCAGAGAAUGGUUUACCAAAACGAAGUUUCUGGGUUGAUCUUUUUUAGGUUAAUAGAAGCA